AUGGUCUGGGUCAUCGGAUCCCCUGCGAGUGUUCUGAUUCGCAAGGCCGACUGGCUGAGAUCCGCCGUCCUGGCUGGCGCGCUGCUUAUCCCCGCUGUUGCCGCUGUCCACGGCAUCGUCUUAGCGACAGUACAUCAGAAUGGCGCGGUUGAUAUGGAUAUCUACGGAGCAUACCAACUAUGUUCGAUUGGGAUACUGGCAGCACCAUUGACGACUAGGUUGUCACGUUCGUUCUUCAGUGUCCCGACGCGGAAUAUUGUCUUGGUAUGGACAAUGUUGAUGCUUGCAGGUCUACUGAGCCUGACGGUCGAGUUUUACCGGUCGACCUCAACCGAAUGUGUCCACGAUGAUUCGGGGAACCAAAUAUCACCUGACUGGGGCUCCUUUCCCUAUGGAGAGGCUACCUGUGGCCUUCCGUGUUUUGAUGGGCAAGGGCCGAUAUCUCCGUUACGACUUGACCCUUUCAAUGAGACUUCUGUGAUACCAGAGCCAACGAUAAUGAGCUUCAGCACUGCGACUAUUCUAGCAGCCGCUAGCUGUGUUCCAGCCGCUUUGGCUGUCAUGAGCGUCUGGUACAAAGUGGUGGACAUAAACUGGGCGAAGCGAUUCUCGCGCCAACGAAGUCCCAAGGACGUUGAGACUCAGCGCGCACGAAUAGAUGUUAACGCCACCAUGAGCAAAGCCAAGCUGAAGCUGAAGACUUUUCUUGGGGCAGUCGAGAUUCCGAUGCUCACGGUUGCUGUUCUGGCCAUUGUUGGCCUAGGGGAAAGUAACUUUUGGAGCCCUCAAGUAAGUCACGUUCGUUACCACACGGAGUCUAUGGCUAGCAUUGGUCAAUGGGCACCACUUGCUGGCAUGGGGCUUGCUCUUCUCGGAUCACUAUACCUCAUUUUCUUAUCGGAUUCGGACGACGACAAGCUGGAUCGCGACCCCGAUCCAUUCACUAUUUGCACUUGCCCCGAUCGUCACCAUAGUACAGGCUGUCGCACUUUGCAGAGCGCGCUUGCUGGAGUUUCAGAGAAACUACAUUCAACACCUGGGGAAGUGUUGUCCAGUCAGUACACACUGGACUACGGGCCGAAUAACUAUCUGCCCAAGGCUUCAUUGGCACAGGACAAAGCCCCAACAAAUCCUUUGCGGCGCAUCGGUAAAUUUUCAAUCAUUCCAGUAUUGAAAAGCCGUCGACGAAUCAGUCAGUCCGGCACUCACAACUUCUCAAGAUCCCUCCAGAAAUUCAGCAAACACUUUUGCACAUCGAAGCAGGACCAGGAUCAUCGUUCAGCAAGUGAUCGCGGGAAAUCGCUUGACUUGUUCGAUCCUUCAAUGGAUUUCAAAAGCAUCUCAGACGUGUCAUCGACCAGUCAAUGUGGCAGUGUCAAGCUGCAUGAUACGUCUGACCAUUCUGUCUCAACAAGUGGAACCACGCCAACCGAAACUGUCGUUACUUCUCAUUGUGGAAUCGAUGCAAGCAAAGUAGCCACGAGUUUUCUUGUUAAAAAGAAUGCAGCCAAACCUGGGGAUGACCAAGAUGAAAAUAAAACUACCCUCACUUGGUCAAGAACGUGCUCGUAUACCACAGUGCAAGCAUCUCAUAUUGAGGCUUUUGGAGAUGUACAAGUCGAUCCAACCUCAGAACAGAACAUUGAUACGGGCCCUUUGACGCCAGCCGUAAUAUUACGUGGCCCGUUGGCCAGUCGGGGGUUUAUGUCUGGUCAAGAAAGAUGGUCAGAGUCGAAUAGGUACUCUACGGCCAAUGAGUCCUUGCUCGAGUCCAUACUUGAAUCCGAGUACUCUGAUGAUAUUCCUGAGUUAGCUAAUGAUCACCCCUUGAUGUUGGUAAAACAGGAAAUCAUUGAGAACUUGAUCUCAUUUUUCGAUUAUAUGAGUCAACGUACCCACGUACAGAACGGAUCCGGUGCAAGGCAUGACAGCAGUACGAAUGACCUCAAUAACCCACAACAAUGCAAUUUGGGUUUUAAGAGGAACCGGGAUUCGGAUCAAACUGGAAGAUUCAAGCGAAAAGAUGACAACGGAGAUGACGGAGACGCCAAAAGGAUGCGCAAGAAUGAUGCGCCAGUACCACGCCGGCCAAGACUUGCAUGCCCCUUUUACAGGAAGGACUCCGUGCGGUAUCGGACAUGCCACGGCAAAGUCAUAUCAUCGAUCGCGCACUUGAAGCAACACCUCAGACGAUACCAUCAACUUCCGGUUUACUGCCCUAUUUGCAAGGAAACAUUCGACAGCGAAAGUCUUCGUGAUCAGCACACCGAAGCAAGGUCGUGCGAGCUGCGCACCGACGUUGUUCUUGAUGGUAUCACCUCAACUCAACGAGAAUCACUUAAUAGAAGAGCCUCGACAACGCUGGAUGAAGAAGGCCAGUGGUUCGCAAUUUUCGACAUGCUGUUCCCUGACUUCCAUCCGCGGCCGAGAAGUGCUUACAUUAAUGCAGAACUCUCUGCAGAGAUGGAGAACUUUCAGGACUAUAUGGCUCUGCAAGGCCCGAGCAUCAUCAUGGAUGCAAUCUCGCGCGGAGGACUGCAGAUCCCCAGCGAGUCUCUGCAGCAAGAUGACCUGGCAACAUUUCUGCCGAAUGCUGUCGCGGAGGGUCUGCAGCUGAUAGCGGAUCGUUGGAACGAAAGUCAACGAACCGCUGUCUUACCUAUCCGGCCGGCAUCAAACCCACUCCCACAGGGUGACCUGGACCUGAAUGGAUGGCCACGCUCCAUAGGGAUUGAAGAGAGUCCAAAUCUAUCAACCAUACCCAUGCGUCCAGUCGCUAAUCAAGUACGUCAUAAUCCGAGGACAGAAAUGGUCGAAUCGGUGUCGUCAGUUCAACAUCCAAUGUCUACAAUAAGCUCGCCGCGGGAGCAUCCUUACUUAUCUCAGCCCUCCGCAAUUAUACCAUCGAACUCAUCUUCCUCUCUGUACGGGGUAACUGGAACACCUGAUGUUGACCCCGGAGAUGAGACUUUCGUUGGAGAACUGGAUUUCAUAGAUUUCGAGAAUCAUGAUUGGACUGCAAGCUAG